AUGAGUAGGAGGAGUAGCAAACUUGCUCUGUGUAAUCAUGGCGUUAAUUGCCCUCACACCAUUUACAAGUCAUCAAUUCUUGAUGGGAGAUGUUACUAUCAUAGUGCUUUUACAUUAAAUAAUUCUUCUUCUUCCCUUCAACAACCAACAACUAUCAAUCAAAAACAAGAAGGAUUUAAUCAAAUAGAAUUUGAUUGUCUUUAUCAUCAAUAUACAAACAUUUCGGAAAAUACUCAUGAAUUUCAAAGUAUUGAACAUUUGGAAUCGGAUAAAUUAAAGAAUUAUCUAUUUUCUACUAAAUUAUAUGCCAUGCAAGUGAAGGAAAUUACAUCACAAUUAGAGGAAGCAUUCAAUAAUAGAGACUAUAAAAAAGUAGUAGAUUUAUUUACUCACUAUUAUGGUGAUUUUGAAGUAAAAUCUCGUGAAGCCUAUCAGAGAAGAAUUAUUCCUCUCACACAAUACUCUAUGGCCAUUGAUUCUCUGAUUAAUUUGGAAAAUUAUAAAGGAGGAGAAUUAUUAUGUUACAAAUGUCUUCAUGAUGAAGGUUUAACUAGUAAUCAUACAAUAUUUAGUAAAUUACUCAAGAUUUACAUUCUCUCUGAACAACAAAAGAAAUUCGAUGAACUAGUUAAACAAUUAAUGGAUAAUAAUAAUUUAUCAAUUUAUCACUUUGGAAUUAUUCUUCAGGAAUAUUCUAGUCGAUCCGAUAUUAAAAAUUUAGAGAGAAUUUAUUCUAAAAUUAAGGAACCAACGGAUUAUCAUCACAGCAUUAUGCUUUCAUCCUUCAUUAAAACAGAUCAAGGAAUGGAUAAAGUUAAUUAUGCUUUUAGAAAAAUCUCAAAACCAACUACCUAUCAAUAUAAUUUAUUGCUGAACUAUUACAUUUCAAAGGGCAGUGACAAGGUUGAGGAAAUUCACUCCAAAAUUAAGGAACCUGAUACCUAUACUCAAAAUAUAAUUCUAAAGCAUUAUUUAAAUAUUGGGUCCACUCACAAGGUUAUAUCUCUUCUUCAACACGCUAAAUUUGAUAUUGUUGCCUAUAAUACAGUGAUGAAUUCAUAUGCAAAGAAGGGAGACAUUAAGAUUGUUGAGGAUAUUUAUAAGAUGAUUCAGAAACCAUCCCAUCAAAGUUACAAUAUUAUUCUCACUGCCUAUCAAAAUGCUGGACUUUUUGAAAAGGUAGAGGAGUUUUACAAACACAUUCCUCUUGAAAUUCGUAAUGACUAUUCAUUCUCAAAUCAAAUGCAAAGAUACAAAUCAGAAAAGGAAAGAUUAGAUAAGGUUAAAACAAUCUAUGAUACCAUUCCUUCUCCAAAUGUUGUCCACAAAAAUAUUUUAAUGGAUGCCCUUGCUGAUAACGCUGAUCAGAAACAAACAGAGAAGGUAUUCAACUCUAUUGAAUCUCCUGACAAGUACAGUUAUCAAGCAUUGCUUAAAGCAUUUUUGAAGAAUAAUGAUUUGGAACGUGCUGAAAAUUUGUUAAAGGAAAUUCAAAAUCCAACACCUGCCAUGUAUAAUCUCAUUCUCAAUACCUAUAAGGAGAUGGGUAAAAUUGAAAAGAUGCGUUCCCUUCUCAAGUCUAUCAAACAUCCAGCAGACUCUACAUUGACAAUUUGCUUGUCUGCCCUUCCACCAAAUGAAGCCCUAUCUCUCUUACAGAAAAUGCCAAAACCAAAUGAUAUUCACAUCAGAGCACUAAUGAAUAACUUUAUCAAUACUGGUGAUAUUAAUAUGGUUGUCCAAAUUUUUGAGAAGUUAAUCAAUCCAUCCCAAGAAGCCUUUGCAAUUCUUCUUAAAGCAUUAUCAAAAACCAUUAAACCAAACAAUAGCGAGAAUUUACCAGUAAUGGAACACUACUAUCAACAAAUGCCAGACAAGAGACAUACAUUGGCCAAUAACAGUAUGUUAACAGCUUUGGCAUCUGUUGGAGAUUAUGAAAGAAUCAGAGUAAUUAUUAGUGAAAUGUCAGAACCAAAUAUUUACAGUUAUAAUUCACUUUUGAGAGCUUAUAAGAUGAAUGGAAUGUAUGCUCAAGCUCACGAACUAUUCAAUCAAAUGGAACAAGUAGAUAGUGUUUCAUUUGUACUCAUUGUUGCUUGUUAUUAUCUAUCAUCACAUGCUCAUCAAGCAAACAUGUCUAGUGAACUGAUAGAGUCCUAUUUCAAUAAGAUUACAAAACCAACAUCUUCUGCCUACAAUUCACUUGUGGAAUAUUAUAUUAAGGAAGAUACAAAAGAAUCUAUCAUGAAAGCCAUUGCACUUCACAAAAAGAAUCCUGCACCAGAUCAAAACUCUUUUGUAAAAUUGAAACAAGCAAAGGAAGCUUUAGAAAAAUUAGAAAAGGAAACAAAUCCAACAAGUAAAUAAAACUC